GUGAGAAGGCUAGAGGCGGAAGGGUUGACGGCGAAGCAAUCCGAGGCUAUUACACAUCUUAUCACAGAAGUUCUCCAUGAGAGUCUCGACACAGCCGCGCACACUUUCGUUUCAAAGUCAGAGAUGCAAAAGUCGGAGAUGGUGGCGGAGGCAGCCAUGGCCAAGGUCAAGACGGAAAUUCAAAGCCUCCAGGAUUUGAAGUUUGCUGGAUUGACUCGGGAGGUUGAAGGCCUCAAGACGGAUUUGGACAAAGUAAAGAAUGAAAUACGAUACGAGGUGGAUAAGGUGACAGCAGGUCAACGUCUUGAUCUGAACUUGGAAAGAGGGAGAAUCAAAGAAGAUAUCACAGCUCAAACUCAGGAGCUCAGCAGCUUGUCCAACAAGAUGGAUAGGGAGGUGAACACAUUGAAGGCAGAGUUAGAAGGCGCCAAGUUUGAAAUAAUCAGAUACUGCAUAG